AUGGAAUCAGUGCAAUCGAUUAAAUAUUGUAUCAGACCUGCUAGAUUUGUGUCAGUUCAACGAAAUUAUUCUCGUGGUUGUUUGAAUGGAGGUAUAUUGAUAUCGUUCGAUGUUUUGAAACAGUACAAUAUUACUACACAAGAAUUAUUACUAUGGAACUCUGGUGUGGGUGCCAUUGAUCGGUAUCGUGCUUAUCUUGAAAAUCACCCAUAUGGAACUAAUGAAGAAACAGAACAAUUCAUUUGUAAUUGUACAAAUACGAGAACUUUUGGUGUCUUGUGUGAAUAUCAAUUUUCACAAAGCAGCUUCGAAGCAACAAUUCUCUCUCAGUAUAAUCAAAAACUUAAAUAUACAUUGGGUAGUCAACUGUUCGGUAUUACAACGUGUUAUGAGACGUCAUUUCCAUGUGAUUAUGGAAAAGUCUGCCUUGAUUGGAGAAAUAUUUGUGACGGAACCCAAAAUUGUGUGGAUGGAACAGAUGAAGACUAUUGUGAACAUCUGUUAUUGAAUGAGUGCAAUCCAGAGAGAGAAUAUCGUUGCAGAAAUGGAAUGUGUAUUGAUGAAGAAUAUUUUCUCGACGGAGACAUUGAUUGCCAAGACCAAUCAGAUGAACAGCGUAAUUCAGUUUAUGUUCUUACAGGAUUAUGUUAUGCUCGACCCAAAUUGGAUUGUGAGGAAAAAAUAUUAGGCAGUAAAAAAUACAUUUCGUGUGGUGAUGGAUCAGACCUAUCUUUUAUAAAACAAUAUCGAGACAAGUCAAUAUCCAUUGAUAUUGACACUUGCUACUCAUUUCGCGAGAGACAAUGGAAAUGUGAACUGAAUAAUCGAGAGAUUAUGUGGACAAAUCCAGCGAAUGGCCAUUGCCUAGACUAUGUUGAUAACACAACAAAUGUGCUAAAAGAGGAAAAUGAUUGUAUCUUUAUUCAUAAAUGUGCAUUAACUAGACAAGGUCAACAUUAUUUGUGUCCAUGCGCAGGUAAUGGUUGCCGUGCUUAUUUUCAUCGCUACUGUAGUUCACAUGAUAUCUCAUUAUUUGCCUAUCCAUCUGGACGUAUAUUCACGCCAUUUGUUGAAACUUAUUACAAAAGCAAUGAACAUAAUUUUGAUCGUAAUGUAUGGCCAGACGUUUUUAUUUUCACUCGUAGUAUUAAAUGUAAUAAUGAAAUGCUAGCAGCACCAGAUAUAGUCAACCAGAAAGAUUGGCUCGUCAAUGAAGCUUUAGUAGUCGCAUAUGUUAGAGUACUUAAUGCUUAUCCAUUAGAAGUGCUUUUAUGUGAGAGGCAUCACUCUAUCAAUGCGAACAAAACAAACUAUGGAAAUUGUUGGAAUGGCUCGUAUCCUAAUCAAGCCAGACAUUGCCCCGAUUCCAUACCAUAUAGUUGUAUCUCAAAAUAUAAUGUCAAAGAUGGCAUUCGUGAUUGUGCACGUAUGGCAGAUGAGACAAUGGAUAAUUGGUUUGACGAUUAUUCUUAUUCAUCAAUUCAGAAGCAUCGUUUUCAAUGUUCAGAAACUGAACAAACUUCUUUAACGGUCAUGUCAAUUGGAGAUAAUCGUGCCGAUUGUAAGAAAAGCAACUACGAUGAAUAUUCUGAAAAGCACAAUACUGAACUUAAUCAUCUCAAAUGUGUUAGUAGAGACUCUGCCGAUUGUAUAUUUAUUCGACAAUACAUUGCGGAAUCGUCCAUCGAAGACACAAACAACACAGAAAAAGUAGAUAACUCGAUGAAAUUCUGGAAUUAUUGUGAUUCCUAUUGGGAAAAGAGUUAUGGUGCUGAUGAAACUGACUGUCAUCAAUGGAAAUGUCCAUCACACUACACCUCCAAAGAAUUUUACCAAUGUCGAUCAGGUCAAUGUAUUUCCAACAAUUGGUUGUGUAAUGGAGAGUGGGACUGCUCAGAUGGAUCCGAUGAAGAAGGCAUUCAGCUGUUAACAGAGCACACUAUCGGUGAACAUAAUUUGAAAUUAUUUCAGCUACUAAAAACAAAUUUAACCCAACUGAAAAAUCGAUGCUUGAAAAAGAAUUCAGAACGUCCAUUCACGCAAUUUUGUGACAGAGAAACUGAAUAUCCUUGUCUGUUGGCGAAUGUAGAUGAUCCAAUGAACUUUCGAUUAAAUCGACCAUGUAUUAAUCUAAGACAAUUGGGUGAUGGUCGUGCUGAUUGUUAUGGUGGAUUAGACGAACGAAAUAUAUUGAAUUGUUCUACGCAUGAACAGUUAGGCUUUGGAUUUAAAUGUAAUAUCAAUGACAGAUGUCUUCGAAGAAGCCAACAAUGUACUAUUAAUCAUCGGUGCUUUAAUGGUAACGAUCGUCUGUUAUGUAUCUAUUUAUAUAACAACUCAAAUGUGAAAUGUAAUGGUCAACUUUCAACCGCGACUGUGACAGAUGUCCACUGUCUUAAUGGAAACUGCUUGCCAAAUUCACGAUGUAAUGGCUUGGCAGAAUGCCCAUUCGGCGAGGAUGAAUACUAUUGUCCGACUGGAAGUUCCUCUAAAACGGGAAAUUAUCGACCGCGCGUUAAGAAAUCUUAUUUUCCUUCAAUUAACAUACAACUACCAAAUUAUUCUCCAUUUUUGUUCCUAGUAAAUGAAUCCAAUGACAACAAUGACAAAAUCACAACGUUAAAAUCACAGACAUCAAUGAUUGGUAAGUUCAAAUAAUACAUGCUAUAUAUUUUGUUUUAUCGAUUGCUUUUGUUAAUUGAUUCAGCUAUUCAUGAUCAAAGUUCAUUCACAAGAUCAUCUCGACAAAAAUUGGCGAAUCAGUUUUCUAAGGAAGGUUGGAUAUGUAAUCGUG